UCUAGGGGUUUUGUCCUCUGAUGGUUAUUGUAAACCUUUUGACGAGGAAGGUACCGGUUAUAUGCGCAGCGAUACAAUUGCAGUAGUAUAUUUGCAAAAAGCAAAAGACGCCAAGAGAGCAUAUGCAACCUUCAUACAUGGAAAAACAAAUUGUGAUGGCUUUAAAGAAGAAGGUAUUACCUUUCCAUCGUUUGAAAAACAAAAAAUGUUGUUGGAAGAAUUUUAUGAGGAAUGUGGAAUUUUACCCGAUGAAUUAUCCUACAUGGAGGCUCAUGCAACUGGUACCCUUAUCGGUGAUCCUGUGGAAAUUAUGUCCAUUGAUCAUGCUAUUUGUGCUAAAAGAAACGCUCCUUUAUUAGCGGGUUCGGUAAAAUCAAAUUUAGGACAUUCCGAACCUGCCAGUGGCCUCUGUCAAAUUGCAAAGGUGUUAUUAGCAAUGGAAACUGGUGUAAUUACGCCUACUAUACACUUCAAACGUCCACGAAAAAAAUUAACUGCUAUUAUUGAAGGAAGAAUAAAGAUUGUUACUGAACCAACAGAAUGGGAAGGUGGUUAUGUAGGUGUUAAUUCCUUUGGAUUUGGUGGAGCUAAUGGACAUAUAUUACUAAAAUCAAAUUCUAAACAAAAAAUUAAUAAUGGAGUACCGAGUGACAAUUUACCUAGGCUUGUAGCAGUAUCCGGACGUACAGCGGAAGCAGUUCAAAUUAUUUUAGAUGACGUAAGUUAAAUAUUGUAAUAACGU